UUGGCGCCUACAAAUUGAGACCCCUUGGUGACACCAGGACGUACAGUACUAGUACACUAACAGUGCCAGCCUUGCCGCAUCAAGCUGUGGGUCUCAACGUCCAUGUCGUCCGUGCCGGUGCGCCACCCUUGCUUCGGCCUCGAGGUCCAGGAGCGCCUCGGCUACGUGCAGUGCAACUUCUGCGCCACCAUCCUGCUGGUGAGCAUGCCGUGCGCAGGCAUGCAGCUGAAGACGGUGGCCGUGCAGUGCGGCAGCUGCGCCGGCAUCCUCUCCGUCACCAUGCCGCCUCCGGCUGCGGCACCGGCGUCCGUCGAGCUGCCCCUGCAGGAGCCAGGCGUUGAUCCGCCGCCAAGGGACUCGGACGAGAGCAGCGGAGAGGACAGGGAGAUGGACGCUGCAGUUGCAGAGAACAAUGUCUUCCCCUCGGUUAACAAACCUCCAGCUAGGAAGCAACGGACGCCGUCAGCCUACAACUGUUUCAUCAAGGAGGAGAUAAGGAGGAUCAAGGCAAGAGAUCCUAGCAUCAGCCACAAACAGGCCUUCAGCACUGCUUCUAAAAACUGGGCUCACUUGCCUAGAAUCCAGUAGAAAGGAAACUGAGGAAGGGAUCUGCUGCUGCCAAACAAUUUCCACAUGUGCAAGCUGCAAAGAGAGGAAACGAAAUUUAUGUGAGUCAGGCAUUGAUGUAGUCAGGUUCGGGGAGCAUCAAAUGAUCCAUGUUGUAGCUUCAAACAAGUUGAAUCCAUGUUUGAUGUUA